GAAGAUGGCAGAGGGUCUUGUGAGUCACUACAAGGACGCAGGGGUGCCACCUCCAGAGCAUGGCCGGCCAUGAGGAUUCAGUUGGAUGUAUGGCACUUCAUGAGGUUUGCGACGGGAUGCACAACUGAUUCCCAUGCUCUUUACACCAGCUUCAUGGCUCAGCUUACCCGUUGCAUUUUUUAUGGGAUGACAGUGACCUGCAGCAACUCAGGACAGCCAAGCGGGCAGAGCUGGAGGCAAGUCACAUGCGUCCCACAGAAGGAGAUGUGACAUGCCGUUUAACCAAGGCAGAGAUGCAGCUCCAUUGCAGGAGGGCUGUCCGGGAAACCAGGGAGAUGGAAGCCAUGCUUAAAGAGUUGAUCGAAGCAUAUGAUGGAGAGAGAGGCUGCGACACUCUCGGUGUGCCUCUGAUCAAUUCUGCAAGGAUGGCGGAAAUCUGGAAGGCCCAGCAGAAACACAUCCCCUGUCUCCAGGACCCUCCAGGUUUCCAGCUGUAUACGCAGACAGGGACACUGAAGAAGGGUGGUCAUGUGCUUCCAACAUACCGGUGUGCCAGAGGUUCGACCUCUUUGGAGAACUUUCAUCUGCACAUGAACAGAUUCAUCCCAGCAGCUGUUCCUGUGUGCCCCCCAGUUCGUGAGGACAGUGGGAGACAUGCUGGAUCUAAUCCGAGCCUUGGUCCCCAGCUCCAUACUGACACUCCUCAAACUUCCCAGGAUGGGGCAAUGCUCUGCACGCAUCAAGCUCCCCAGCAAGACACACCCAGCAUGGCAGAGGAACAGCCGUCGACAUCAUCAUGCUCCACCAGUGAUGACUCUGUUGGACCGGACAAUAUUGCGGGCUUCAAAGCCGUCCAGGACUUGACGGGUUAUUUAUUUAAAUUAAAAGACCACAGUCUUGCCCUGUCACGAGAGGAGGCCGCCAAAAUCAUUGCCCUGUGGGAGUGUUUGUCAGAAUAUGACCAAAAACAUACAGUUUACCCUCCACGUCAUCAAGUCACAAUCCCUAAAGGGAGAUUCAGGGCCACAAAAAAAAAUGUUGCACCUGGUGUGGAGAGUACAAAGCGGUACGUAUGCUUUUUUGAGCAAGUCUGACAAUGCUACAUGCUAUAAUAUAAUGUCUUUUAUGAACACAAAGCUGUGAAUACCUUUGCAGAUGCUUUGCAGGAGGGAGAAGCCCAGCACAGUCGCCUGGCAAUCGUGUGUGUGAGGCACUUUUUAUUCAACUGUGCGAGGAGUAUAGCGGACCCAGGCGCAUUGAUGGAGUCAGGAACGAGUGUUGGAGCCUUGUCACCAGAGCAUAUCUUCACAUCCGCCAAGUCAUAUUAAGCAAUGCCUUGGUGAUGGAGAAGACCACCAUCCAGCUCCCGGUGAUGAAUACGGCAACCAUCGCUAGUUGGUAAGUUAACAAAACACUUGUGAGGGAAUAACCUAGUAUCUGUGCUAUGUUCUGUGCAGAUAUUUUGCAUUCUUAUAAUACACUAUGGUAUACAAACAAAUUUAUACUUGGAAUAUUUGCAGGUACUGUAAAUGUCAAAAAAAGCAGGAGAAGAGUGUGCUGGAGCAAGGCCUCUCUACUCCAAAGACCACCAACGUGAGCCCAGAAAGCUUGCCUCUUGCUGUUGAGAGGAAGGACAGACCCUGUGUCCCUACCACCAGUGUCACAAAUCCUCACGUCUUUGUGCUGCCCCCUAACACUGCAGGGAUGGCACAGCUAAAACAGCGGCUGAACCUGCCAGUGGCUCCACCUGCUGGAUAACGCGUCGGACUACGGAUCAGAAGAUUCUAGGUUCGAUUCCUGGCUGGUUCGAUAUUUUUUCAUAUUCCCAACGGAUAACAAAACAAGCCAUGUACAAAAAGCAACAACCAAAUAAAGGGUU